CGAGCAAAUAACAUGAUGGAUAAACAUAAAGAAACCUGCUAGCUAAUUCUUAUCCACGUUUAUAAAUCUGCUCCAUUCGCGCCUCAUAUUAGAAGAAAUACACUCCAUUUGUGUUGGUUGUUUACCAGUAUAUGUAUUGCUUGCACACAAAAGUCUACAACGAAUAACCAAGUUAACAACAAAUUUUAUACGUGACUUGCAAGGGUUAUUUGAAUUAAAUAGUUUUAUGAGGUGCACAUUUUAAACGUGAAGAACAUUCGUAGUGCAUAUCAAUCGUUUUAAAUACUUGAACUUUGACAUAGUUUCUAUUUUGCAGAGACGGAUCAGCUAACUGGUGGGCGAGAUGGCAAAUUCCCGAAAAGUGAUCGAAUUCUUUUAUGACGUGGUUUCUCCUUACUCGUGGCUUGGCUUUGAGGUAUUGUGCCGGUACAGAAACGUGUGGAACGUUGACGUCAAGCUACGUCCUGCUUUCUUGGCUGGUGUCAUGCAAGGUUCAGGAAACAAACCUCCAGGUCUGACCCCAAACAAGUUCCUGUACAUGGCCAAAGAUCUGCACCGUCUGUCUCAGUACUUCCAGGUCCCCCUCAAUGUUCCAUCAAACCCGUUUGAGGCCAUGUUCGAAAAAGGGACAUUGUCUGCCAUGCGCUUCGUGACUGCGCUUCAGGAGAGUGAGGUGGGCGGGGACAAGCAGGUAGAGCAAGUGUCCCGGGAGCUGUGGACGAGGAUCUGGAGCCUGGACAAAGACAUAUCCCAGCCUGGAUCUGUCUCUGAGGCUGCCGUGAAGGCGGGACUCUCAGCCAGUGACGUGGAGGAGCUGCUGAAACUGUCCACCUCUAAGCAAAUCAAAGACAAGCUGAAGAGUGCCACCCAGGAAGCAUUGGACCACGGGGGCUUUGGUUUUCCUCUGCUUGUGUGUCAUGUGAAUGGAAAGGCAGAGGUGUUCUUUGGCUCUGACAGAUUUGAGCUCAUUGCCCACUGCAUUGGAGAGAAGUGGGUGGGACCUCAGCCUACUGCUGCCAAACUGUGAAAUGAAAUAUGAAACUGACUUAAAACAAUAAAUACUGUUGAUUGUGAA